AUGGACAUGAGUGAGAAGCUGUGGCAGGUUUACAACAGACUCGACCCAGUGUCCAUUGAUCAUCUCCUCAUAGAGGACCUGGUUAACUUUGAGAAGCAGUGGAGUGGCUUUUUCUCCAGCAUGGACCUGGAGAGCCAUCUGUCUAUCUUGGAGCUUUCUGAAGCGCAGGCAGGAGAGUCAUUCCGUACUUAUUACUCUCAUGGACUGAUCUCAAGCAACAUCACAGAUAAAAGUAAAAGUCAGCAGCCCUUCGUGUUGUUUGGGAAGCACUCGUCUUUAGAGGAUUUGGAGAGUUAUUCAUUUAACUUUCCCUCAGAGAGUCAUCAAGUCCGCAACACAGGACCGCCGGGUUCUACAGCCAGACACAUGGUUCUGCAGUGUGUGGCUCCCAAAGGGCCUAUAGCCUGCUCCCGGACCUAUUUCUUUGGGACCACCCACACUCCAUACCUUGGAAAUCAAAACACAAAGCAAAAGACAACAGAAGUCUUACUUUUGUCACAGAUGUAUUCAGCUGCUGUUCAAGCAGUCCUGUCAGGAAUCAAAUGCUUCUCCUGUACCUCCAGCACUAGCAAGGCUAAGGAUGUUGCAGAGAACACUUUUCUUUUGACUUUGGACACCAUGAAUUUAAAUCAGUACCGCAGUUAUCUCAGAUCUAAAUGUGAAUUCAGCAUUCAAGCAGUAAAUAACCAAGGAAGGAUUGUUCCUCUGACAGAUGAAAAAAGCCGUUAUUUAGUCAAAACAGCGUCCAUGACUGUCCAGGACAUCCCUGACCUGCAGUGGGGCGGGGGGGACCUGGGCUCGGUGGUUUUCUCUGAAUCCUUCUUGGAGUCCAGUAUCAACAUUCAGCAGAAAGGUACG